AUGUCUUUACUACCAGUUGUAGCACAACUGAGUGAAACAACACCCUACUCUUCCUCUCCCUUUUCUGAUCUCUCCAAAUUGAAGUCUCUUUUUCUUGCGGGAUUAGAGGAACUCCAAUAUCUUCCACAAGAGUGGUUGCAAAACCUCACUACUUCUCUUGAGAGACUCAAGAUUUCGCAGUGUCGUAAACUGCGAAUAUCCAUGUCUUCACUCUUUCAACAUCUCACCGUGCUUGAAGAUUUGGUUAUUUCUAACUGCAGGGAACUUAUCUUCAACGAGGAUGAAGAAGAAGCCGCACAACUUGCUGACCAACCGGACAGCUUCUACGUGGCGGAAAUUAUUGACGACAUGUGCGAAGGGAUGUAUGCCGAUGCCCACCAUAAUGCCGCCAGCCGAUCUAAGCUACCUCAACGGCUUUGGGAAAGAGAAGAAGAUACACACUCUUUUGUACUUAAUGAAGAAGUCAUUGGAAGAGAGGAUGAAAAGGAGGAUGUUAAAGAGCUGUUACUGGAUUCCACUGUGGAAGAGAAUGUUUCCAUCAUUCCCAUAGUUGGGAUUGGUGGACUAGGCAAGACCACACUUGCUAAAUAUGUGUUCAAUGAUGAGCAGGUCCAAAGACAUUUUGAUCUAAAAGUGUGGGUGUGUGUCUCUGAUCCUUUUAAUGUGAAAACUAUUGUUCAAAAGCUCAUAGAAUCUGCAACUAAGAAGAGACCUGAAAGCUUUGAGAUGGAUCCAUUGCAAAGUGAGCUUCGAGUAAUAAUUGGUGGAAAGAGAUUUUUACUCAUUUUAGAUGAUGUUUGGAAUGAGAAUCGUGAUAGAUGGUUGAACUUGAAAACACUGUUAGUGGGUGGCCUGAGGGGAAGCAAAGUGUUGAUUACUACACGUAGCGCAAAAGUUGCAAAAAUUACAGGCACAGUGUCACCGUAUCUUCUGGGAGGCCUAUCUGAAAACAAUUCUUGGGAUUUAUUUAAGAAAAUGGCAUUUAAAAAUGGUGAAGAGCCAAAGAAUAUAGAGCUAGUAAAAAUCGGAAGGGAGAUCGUACGAAAGUGUGCAUGGGUUCCUCUUGCUAUAAGGAGCAUAGGGAGUAUAUUAUACUUCAAAAAUUCACAAGAUGAUUGGUUGUACUUUAAAAACAAUGAACUGUUAAAAGUAACUCAACAAGAAAAUGAUAUUUUUCCAAUACUUAAGUUGAGUUAUGAUCAUCUGUCAUUACACUUGAAGCAAUGUUUUGCCUUUUGUUCGUUGUUUCCAAAAGAUUCUAAAAUUAAAGUUGAGGUGUUGAUUAAGCUAUGGAUAGCUCAAGGCUUUAUUCAUUCGUCAGAUAGAAAUAGACGUCUUGAAGAUGCGGGUCAUGAGUAUUUUAUGGAUUUGCUUUGGAGGUCGUUUUUCCAAGAACCAUAUACAAAUGCAUAUGGUGAUAUAGAAUCAUGCAAAAUGCAUGACCUUAUUCAUGAUUUUGCACAAUCAGUAGUAGCAGGGAACGAGUGCAUAAUUGUAAAUCCGAAUUCAGAAGAUAUAGUUGAAAGAACUCGCCAUGUGGCAUUUGAUCCUGCAUAUUCGUUCAGUGAUAUUCCAGCUCCCUUGCUCAAAGCAAACAAAAUAAGAACGCUUCUUCUACAACUUCCAAUAGUGAAUAGAGAUUUUAUAGUACCUGCUGGGUGGAAUAAGUCAAUCUUUGAUACACUUAUUUCAAGUUUUAAAUGCUUGCGGGCCUUGAAUUUGAGUAACUUGAAUAUUCAAGAAGUGCCAAAUUUCAUUGGCAAGUUAAAGCAUCUAAGAUUUCUAGAUCUUUCUCGGAAUGGAGGUAUCAAACUACUCCCCACUUCUAUAACCAAAUUGCAAAAUUUGCAAACACUAAAUCUUGAAAAUUGUAGUGGGCUUACAGAAUUGCCCGAAGAUAUGUCAAACUUGAUCAGCCUUAGGCAUCUUGAAAUUGAUGGGUGUAGCUUGACUCAUAUGCCGCGCGGACUGAAAAAGUUGACUUCUCUCAACACAUUGUCGUACUACAUUUUAGGGAAGAAAGAAAAUCAUGUCUUGAAGCUAAAGGGUGGGCUAAGCGAAUUGAAUGGUUUAAAUGAAUUGAGAGGAAAAUUAUGUAUCAAGGGUUUAGAGCACUUGAGAUCUUAUCCAGUAGAGGCCAAGGCUGCAAACUUGGAGAGGAAGCAAUACCUUCAAGAUCUGGAAUUAUUGUGGGAUCCAGAAGCUGAUGAAGCUGAUGAUGAUAUUGAUAAGGUAAUUGCAAAUGAUGAACAGCUGUUGCAAAACUUUCGGCCACACUUAAAUUUGAAAAGGAUAUUAAUAGUUGGGUACGCUGGUGUGGGGUUCUCUAGCUGCAGGGUGUCUUCACUCUCGAAUUUGGUUCAUCUUAUCAUAAAGAGUUGUAGAUGGUGCCAACAUAUCCCACCGUUAAACCAAUUUCCUUUUCUCAAGCAUCUUUAUCUUUAUGAAUUGAGUGCGUUGGAGUACUUAGGCAAUAAUGAAAGUGACGUGUCAUCUUCUUCCCUUGAAAGUAUCUGUCUUGAAGAUUUGCCUAAGUUGAAGGGGUGGUGGAGGAUGAGAGAAACAGCAACAGCAGAGCAUGAGCCACAUCAUCAUCUUCAAUUAUUCCCAUCAUUUCCUUGCCUCUCUUAUUUAGAUAUAGAUAAUUGCCCUUUGAUGUCUCUAAUACCAGCCGUAGCACCGGGAAGCGAAACAACACCCUCCUCUUCCUAUCCUUUUUCCAAUCUCUCCAAAUUGAAUUCUCUUUAUCUCGGGAGAUUAGAGGAACUUGAAUAUCUUCCAGAAGAGUGGCUGCAAAACCUCACUUCUCUUAAGAAUCUGCGGAUUUGGGAGUGUCGUAAACUGAGAAUAUCCAUGUCUCCACUCUUUCAACAUCUCACUGCGCUUGAAUAUUUGGGAAUUAACGAAUGUGGGGAACUUAUCAGCAAUGAGGAUGAAGAGGGCGCACAAUGCUUUGGACCUACAAGACUUCGUCGUCUAUGUAUAGAAAAUGUUACAAGCUUGGUGUCCCUCCCAAGGGAGCUUAGACAUGCUACCACUUUGCAAUGGCUUGACAUUAAGGACUGCCCUACACUGAUGUCUUUACCAGAAUGGAUAGGCGACUUCACUUCGCUUAAGACACUUCAGAUCUUCAAUUGUCCAAAUUUAAUAUCACUGCCCGAAGGGAUGCAUCGCCUCACCUCUCUACGUAAUUUGACAAUUGUGGCAUGUCCUCGCUAA